ACGGUCUGUAUCAUUAGCACAGUUCUGUCAAUGUGUCAACAUUUCACUGUCUGACUGUUAAAUCCUUUCGUCCGCAUUUCACUCCACCGUCAAGGCACCAUAUAAAGUCCCGAACAGCAGCGAUAAAGGUUCUACUCCUGACCUGAAAGGAUGGCGCAGGGUGACAAACUGGUCACCCUCCUCUCCAUCCUUGUGGGUGUCUUCAUGCUGACCUCUGUGGAUGGGCGACCCCAACCCUCAACUGUGAUCAUAUCUGAUGUAAACAGUACUGCUUGGAAAAAUGUGGCAGCAGAGGUUUCAAGCUAUGCCGAUGUGGCUAAACGGAUCAUCGACCUUGCUGUGUUUGGAGCAGCCCGGAACCGCUCAUAUCGACGUCUCGCCGACUUCACCGACACUAUCGGAAACCGAGUCAGCGGCUCUGUCAACUUGGAGAUGGCUAUUAAAUAUAUGUACAAAGCCAUGAUGCAGGAUGGUUUGGACGUACAUCUGGAACCGGUAAAAAUCCCACACUGGGUGAGAGGAAUGGAGAGUGCACAGAUGAUUUUGCCGAGAGUGAAGAAUCUGGCCAUACUGGGACUGGGUAGCAGUGUAGGAACACCACCUGAAGGUAUUGAAGCGGAGGUGUUGAUUGUUCAGUCUUUUGAGGAACUGAAGCGCAGAGCCAGUGAGGUCUCGGGAAAGAUCGUUGUCUUCAAUCAGCCGUUUGUCAGCUACGGGGAGACAGUGGCUUACCGUUCUUAUGGCGCUUCAGAAGCAUCGAAAUUUGGAGCCGUGGCGACGCUCAUCCGAUCCAUCACUCCUUUCUCAAUUAAUAGUCCUCACACCGGUUGGCAGGACUACAAAUAUGGCGUGAAGCGCAUCCCUGCCGCGUGCAUCACCAUUGAGGAUGCUGAGCUAAUGUGGCGUAUAGCACAGAGGGGACAGCGGAUCACCGUCAGACUCACUAUGGCGGCCAGGACCUUUCCAGACGCCGACUCCUUCAACACGGUGGCAGAGAUAAAAGGAUGGCAGCACCCUGAGCAGGUGGUGCUUCUGAGUGGUCAUCUGGACAGUUGGGAUGUGGGCCAGGGUGCCAUGGACGAUGGGGGUGGAGCCGUGGUAUCCUGGGAGGCCCUGUCACUCAUCAGAGAUCUAGGUUUGCGUCCAAGGAGAACCAUGCGCACGGUGCUAUGGACAGGCGAGGAGGCGGGUGGAGUCGGAGCGCAGCAGUACUUCAAUCUCCACAAGGCGAACGUGUCCAACUUUGACAUGGUCAUGGAGUCGGACAUGGGGACAUUCAAACCAGUGGCGCUGCAGUUUACUGGCAGUGUUGAAGCACAAAAGGUGAUGGAGGAAGUGGUCAAACUGUUGGCUCCUCUCAACACGACCAAGCUGGAGAUGCAUGGUGAGGGGACGGACAUCUCACCUUGGAUGCAGGCCGGAGUACCGGGUGCCAGCCUCCAUGUGGCAGACAGUCGCUACUUUUGGUUCCACCACACAGAAGCUGACACCAUGACCGUUCAGGACCCUCAGGACAUGGACCUCUGCGCUGCACUUUGGGCCGUGGUGGCCUUUGUGGUAGCCGACCUGGAGGACAUGCUACCCAGGUAGACAGGUAGCACACUGGAGGUGGAUGCCCAUGACAUUGUAGCUAAGCAGUUUUAUGUACUGUAUGUAUGGGUGGAAGGCUAUCAUUGCACAAAAUAUCACCUAAUAAGGGAGGAUUUUUCUUGGAAAAAAAAUGUCAUUGUAUUUUUUUUAUUUUUACUGGCUUUAAGUCAUACUGCUUUAACAUAAAGCAGGAGGGACAAAUGGAACAUGUUUGUUUAAAAUUUCCCAUUUUACAUUGUUUAAAAGUAUUAUUUUGCAUACCACAUUUACAUGUGCUUUUAAAAGUUUUAAAAUGAAUAUUUUUAUUGUUUUAUUUCAAGCAAUAAACUGUCAUUACUUGGCGUUACUCUUACUAAGUUGGCUGUUUUCAGAAGAUGCAAGUGAUGAACACGGGCUGCUUUAAAGAUACUAAAACCAAUCCGUUGGCACUGCACACCCUGGACUGAUGGCCAGCCAAUCACAGGGCACAUAUAGACAAACAACCAUUCACACUCACAUUCAUACCUAUGGACAAUUUGGAGUCGCCAAUUAACCUAGCAUGUUUUUGGAAUGUGGGAGGAAACUGGAGUCUCCGGAGAAAACCCACGCAUUUUUUUUUUAAGAAAAACUGAGCAUUUAGUCAUCUUCCUCUUUGAUGUAUAUACAGUAUACUUCUCCAAAAAUUAAAGGGAAGGACUAAGAACAUUACGUCAAAGUAGUGUGUUGAUUUUCAUUGAUAAUUUUGAUGGUUAGCACAUUUAACUAUGUAAAGAACAAAGUAUUUACUGAGAAUAUUUCAUUAAUUCAGAUCUAAGAUGUUAUUUUAGUGUUACCUUGAUUGUUUUUUUUUUUAAAGCAGCAUAUAUUCCUUGAACAUUGGAAGUGAAAUAUCGUAUUUUGUGGUUUUAUUUCAUGCAACUUUCAUAUUCAAUUAAAAUGUAUGCAUUACUUGUACAUGCAAUUGUGUAUGAAUGUUUAAAAUAUGACAUAGGCGAUUAAAAAAAGAAUCCUUGAUA